AUGUUAGAUUUUGAGUCUGAAGAAAAUUUGCAAAUUGAAACAUUACUAGAAGAUAUUGAAGUAUUAGAAGAUGAUAAUUCUCAGCCCAAAGGAUCACUCAUCACAAAUUUGCCUUCUCAUCAUGUUAUUAGACCCAGACUGAAAGAAAUGGCCUAUGAAAAUUAUGAAGUUUGUGAUAAUACCAUUGAAGAAUACCGGCUUCAACUUCAUCAAUUGAUGAAUAUACAAUCACCAACACCAGAAGAACAUGCUAGCUCAGAAAAUCUCUCUUCCAAUAAUAUGUUUAGGGACCUUAUAUUUGGUAAAUCUCAAGGAUCACAAGAAUCUAUAGAUGACUUGGAUUAUUACCUUGACAUUAGAUGUACACCAUUGGCUUCUCCUGAUUCAGAUCCACUUUUAUGA